AAACUAAAUCAAAACCACUUUUGAUCUUCACUUCCAUUAUUUAAAAACUGAAAACCAAAUAGAAAACAGUAAAGAAACAAACGAACAAGAACAAAAACAAAAGCAAGAACAUCAACAAACAUCAGUAUUCACACUUUUCUUUCAUCUUCAAUCAUUAAAAUGAGAUUUCUGUUCUUUUCUUUGAUCUUGGCCUUGCUAGCCAACUGUUCGCAUUCCCGCCAUUACGAAGAUGCACAAUCACCUGCAGAAUCACCAUCAUCAGGUGUCGAUUGUUCGAUCAUUAUUUAUGACAUGGUGGAUUGCUUACCUUAUAUGACUGGAAGCGGAGCUCCAUUAGAUGCUUCAUGCUGCGCUGGUUUUGAAUCUGUUCUCCAUUUUAAUACAAAAUGUGUGUGUGAAGCACUAAAGACUAGUCUCGAUAUGAACUUAGACAUUAAUCUUACUAAAGCUUAUGAUUUGCCUAAAGAUUGCAAGGUUUCUACUCCUCCUAGUCACUGUAACGUCUCAACCAUGCCUCCUUCACAUGCAGCACCAGUUGGUCCUCCACAAUCAUCACCAAAGCUACCUCCAGCACCAAUAGAAGCUCCAAAAGGAUCAGUACGUCCACCCUCAGCUGAACGUGGAUCAGCACCAACAAAACCUGAUCUUGCAGCUCCAGCCCCAUCUGGAGGAGCAUAUUCUAUUUCUAUCUCUUUGUUAGCCCUAAUUAGCCAGCUUCUUGUUUCUUUCUCUUUUACCUUAGCUAAUUAGGAUAAUAAUUUUGCUUUCACACUAGUAAUUUUCAUUACUGUGUGAUUAUUAGCUUCUUUUUUGUCUUGCUUUGUUUUUUGUAAGACCUACUAAUUAGUUUAAUUAUGAUUUUUUUUCUAUUAAUUUAAUUGAGUUGUUGAGGUA